CAUUCAUUUCAUUUUUACGAAAGAGGAUGAUCGCGGUGGUCUUGCAAAAUUAUUUAUAAUUUUUCUUUAAGUGGUGCAGUGAGUGAACUAGUGUAUAUAUUGUUAUCGCUACAAUAGAAAGUUACAACAGCAAUCAUGUUUAGCUGGCUUAAGAAAGAAGGCGAAAAAACUGAAAGUAUAGAAAAUGUCGUGGAGGGUCUCAAAAGAAUUUAUAAAACGAAACUUUUGCCGCUCGAGUUGCACUAUCAGUUUCACGAUUUUCACUCUCCACAGCUUGAAGAACCCGACUUUGAUGCGAAACCGAUGAUUCUUCUCGUAGGCCAGUACUCGACUGGUAAAACUACGUUUAUUAAAUAUCUCUUGGAGAGAGAUUUUCCUGGUAUUCGUAUCGGGCCGGAACCUACAACAGAUCGGUUUAUCGCCGUAAUGUUUGAUGAAAAAGAAGGCAUGAUACCUGGAAAUGCGCUUGUCGUAGACCCAAAAAAACAGUUUCGUCCUUUGAGUAAAUUUGGAAACGCCUUUCUUAACAGAUUCCAAUGUUCGACUGUAAAUUCGCCGGUUCUUCGGGGAAUUUCUAUCGUCGAUACUCCUGGUAUUCUAUCGGGGGAGAAACAACGCGUUGAUAGAGGAUACGACUUUACCGGUGUGCUAGAGUGGUUCGCGGAACGCGUCGAUCGUAUCAUAUUGUUGUUUGACGCCCACAAACUUGACAUCUCGGAUGAGUUCAGGCGCAGUAUCGAAGCUCUGAGGGGCCACGACGACAAAAUUCGUAUCGUUCUAAACAAAGCCGACAUGAUCGACCAUCAGCAACUAAUGCGUGUGUAUGGUGCUCUGAUGUGGUCGCUGGGUAAGGUGCUGCAAACACCUGAGGUAGCGCGCGUGUAUAUAGGAUCCUUCUGGGAUCAACCUCUCCGCUAUGACGUCAAUAGACGCCUCUUUGAAGAUGAGGAGCAAGACCUCUUCAGAGAUAUGCAGUCACUACCUCGAAAUGCUGCAUUACGUAAAUUAAAUGACUUAAUUAAAAGGGCACGCCUCGCUAAAGUACAUGCAUACAUAGUUAGUGAGUUGAGAAAAGAAAUGCCCUCAAUGUUUGGCAAGGAUGGCAAAAAGAAAGAUUUAAUUAAAAAUUUAGGUCAAGUCUAUGAUAGGAUUCAAAGAGAAAUGCAGAUUUCUCCUGGUGACUUCCCUGAUAUCAAAAAAAUGCAAGAAACAUUAGCAAAUCAUGAUUUCACUAAAUUCCAUCCAUUGAAACCAAAAUUACUAGAAGUGGUGGACAACAUGCUGGCCACAGACAUCGCCCACCUCAUGGACAUGAUCCCACAGGAAGAUAUCAAUAUUGUUGCUGAGCCUCUCAUCAAAGGUGGUGCUUUCGAAGGCGUAGAAGAUCAAGUGUCACCAUUCGGGUAUGGACGUGGCGAGGGCGUGGACGCCGGUCACGGUGACCCAGAGUGGAUCUGCAGCAAGGAGAAGCCGCAUUACGACCAGAUAUUCCAGGGGCUCAACCCUUGCGACGGAAAAGUCACCGGAGCCGCGGCCAAGACGGAAAUGGUGAAGUCGAAACUACCGAACUCAGUGCUCGGUAAGAUCUGGAAACUGUCCGACAUCGACAAGGACGGGUUCCUGGACGACGAGGAGUUCGCUCUGGCGAUGCAUCUCAUCCGCGUUAAGAUCGACGGACACGACCUCCCCUCCGAGCUGCCCCCCCACCUCAUCCCUCCCUCCAAACGCAACUGAAGUCUGGACCUGAAACUUCGACUACGCGCAAAAAUCGUUAUAGGCUAGCAUCGUCCGACCUCUGCUUCAUAUAGAAAGUGAAGGUUUCAUCGAGCCGUCUCAUGUUUCCAUGAAAAACUGUAUAGAAUUUUUCUUAUUCAAAUAUAGCAUUUGGUACUAUUUGUAUGGACGGCAUCGACCAUCGACCAUCGUGUGCUUUACCUUCUAGUACGUAAGAUAAGUUUUAGCUUCCUUCCGUUUCCGAUGCGAGUUAGAAUGCAAUUAUUGGCUUUUAUCACUAGCGAUCACAGCCUGUGUGUUGGAGGGCCGGGCGGGUCUGGGAGGCCCGAGGUGCGAACGGAGAUGCUGUUCGUUCUACUUCUUCAAAAAUUAUUCUUUGAAAUAUGUAUACAGUUAUGCUAAUUUAAAUCUUAAAUUGUUGUUACAUUUUUAAUAUUUAGCUUUACGACUUAAUUUAUUGUUGAGGCGAGACUCGUUUGGUGCUUCAGAGUUUGAUUUCUUAUACACGAUAUAUCGAUAUGAUUUGUCCUCGUAUUUAAGUACAUUUCUUUAAAUGAUAAAUAAUUAUUAUUCAUAUGAAUUUAUUUAGAUCACGUAUUAUGUUAUGCAUGCUUUUUCAUUGACAUUUUAUUUAAAAGAUUAUACAGUAAGUUGUUCCUAUUAGCGGUUUCCUGGCUUAAUAAAACUGAUCAUUAUUUUUAUAUUGUAGAUAGACGUAUUCAAUAUUAUUAUGCAAAAUUCACCAUAAAAUCCUACUUUACUUUCAAUACUCUUUGUACUUAGUUCGCGUAGGCCUGUCUGUUACAAGCUAGUACCUUGUUCUAGCAUUUUUAUGCAGCAUUUAUUUGGAACUCUUAGACUUCAUCGUUCAGUGCCUUCGAUACGUUUAAGAAAUGUUUGGCUUUCAAGCUUUUAUUGCAGGACCCGGGACUGGGGUGUUAUCAUGUAGGGACGUCGCCGUAACACUGUCGAGGUGAUCAAUAUGUAAAUAUGGAAUUUUCGAAGCAUUACAUUUUUGGAAUGUACUUUACUGCGUCUCUCGCAGUUCGGCCGAGCCCCGCCAUCGCGCGGGCCGCUGGACUGCGGGUGACGUCUUAUUUUUACAUUUGCUACUGUGUGUAUAUAAAAAUGAAUGAAUAAUAUGUACAUGUAUUUAUCGUAAAUUAUACACAGAGUGUAAUAAAUAGUUAAGAAAAUUC